AUGUGCCUUGCUGCCCUGGACAGGUCUGAUCAUGUCUGCCCUCACAGUGGUCAUCUUGAUUCUCUACUUUGUGGUUGACAAUUUCGUGGUACAGCGCAGAGCAUGGCUACCUGAGUGCACUCCCGUCUACAUCCAGUAUUUUGUCAAGUUCUUCAUCAUUGGCAUCACUGUAUUGGUAGUGGCUGUGCCAGAGGGGCUGCCACUGGCUGUCACCAUCUCACUGGCCUACUCUGUGAAGAAAAUGAUGAAGGACAACAACUUGGUACGGCACUUGGAUGCUUGUGAGACAAUGGGCAACGCCACAGCCAUUUGCUCUGAUAAGACAGGAACACUGACUAUGAACCGCAUGACAGUGGUACAAGCUUAUGUUGGGAACACUCAUUACCGCCAGAUCCCAAGCCCUGAUGUCUUCCCGCCCAAGGUUCUGGACCUCAUAGUCAAUGGCAUUUCUAUUAACAGUGCUUAUACUUCUAAGAUUCUGCCUCCAGAAAAAGAGGGAGGCCUACCCCGGCAGGUAGGCAACAAGACAGAGUGUGCCCUGCUGGGCUUUGUCACAGAUCUGAAGCAGGAUUACCAAGCAGUUCGCAACGAAAUACCCGAGGAGACACUCUUCAAAGUGUACACCUUCAACUCAGUGCGCAAGUCCAUGAGCACCGUCAUCAGGAAGCCGGAAGGGGGCUUCCGCAUGUUCAGCAAAGGCGCCUCUGAGAUAAUGCUGCGCAAGUGUAAUCGAAUCCUGGACAAGGAGGGAGAAACCAUACCAUUCAAAAGUGAGGACCGAGAUGACAUGGUGCGUAACGUCAUUGAGCCCAUGGCCAGUGAAGGACUCCGGACUAUCUGCAUAGCUUACCGGGAUUUUGAUGACACAGAGCCCAUGUGGGACAAUGAGAAUGAAAUCCUCACUGAGCUGACCUGCAUUAUGGUGGUGGGCAUUGAGGACCCUGUGCGCCCAGAGGUACCCGAUGCAAUUAGGAAAUGCAAACGGGCUGGCAUUACUGUCAGAAUGGUGACAGGUGAUAAUGUCAACACAGCACGGGCCAUUGCCACCAAAUGUGGCAUUCUGACCCCUGGAGAUAACUUAUUGUGCUUAGAAGGAAAAGAAUUCAACAGGCUUAUCCGCAAUGAGAAGGGCGCGGUUGAACAAGAAAAGCUGGACAAGGUCUGGCCCAAGCUUCGGGUGCUGGCACGAUCUUCUCCCACGGACAAGCACACACUGGUGAAAGGUAUCAUUGACAGCACUGUUGGGGAACAGCGGCAGGUGGUGGCUGUCACCGGCGAUGGGACAAAUGAUGGACCUGCUCUAAAGAAAGCAGAUGUUGGUUUUGCCAUGGGUAUUGCAGGCACAGACGUGGCAAAGGAGGCAUCAGACAUCAUCCUGACCGAUGACAACUUCACCAGCAUUGUGAAGGCAGUGAUGUGGGGACGGAACGUGUACGACAGCAUUUCCAAGUUCCUGCAGUUCCAGCUCACCGUCAAUGUGGUAGCUGUCAUAGUGGCUUUCACUGGAGCCUGCAUCACUCAGGAUUCUCCAUUGAAAGCAGUGCAGAUGUUGUGGGUUAACCUGAUCAUGGACACUUUUGCUUCCCUGGCCCUGGCUACAGAGCCCCCUACCGAUUCUCUGCUGAGGCGUCACCCCUACGGGCGAAACAAGCCCCUGAUCUCACGUACCAUGAUGAAGAACAUCUUGGGCCAUGCAGUGUAUCAGCUCACAGUCGUCUUUGUCCUUGUCUUUGCUGGUGAGCAGCUGUUUGACAUUGAUAGCGGAAGGAAGGCGCCUCUCCAUGCACCGCCCAGCCAGCACUAUACCAUUGUUUUCAACACCUUCGUGCUGAUGCAGCUCUUCAACGAAAUCAACUGCCGGAAGAUCCACGGCGAGAAGAACGUCUUUGCAGGCAUCUACCACAACGCCAUUUUCUGCUCUGUGGUUUUAGGCACGUUCUUCUGCCAGAUUGUCAUCGUGGAGUUCGGGGGUAAGCCCUUCAGCUGUACAAGCCUCACCCUGGAGCAGUGGUUGUGGUGUCUCUUCAUAGGCAUUGGAGAGCUUUUGUGGGGCCAGGUGAUCUCUGCCAUUCCUACCGAGUCUCUGAAGUUCCUGAAGGAGGUUGGACAUGGCGCUGACGAGGAGGAGAUCACCAAGGAUGCUGAGGGAAUGGAAGAGAUUGAUCUUGCUGAGAUGGAGCUGCGCAGAGGCCAGAUCCUCUGGUUCCGUGGCCUGCACCGGAUUCAGACUCAGAGAAGUCAGUCAUUGGUAACCGGCUUCCUGGAUCAAGUUUCUCUCCUGGUCAUCGCUUCUUCACACAAGAUCAAAGUGGUCAGAGUGCUCCAUAAUUUCCAUAAACCCAGGAACGAACUCUCCAUCCACCAAUUCAUGACCCAGCCUGAAUACAACGCAGAUAAUGAGUCUCCACAGACAUUCCAGGAUGAUCAAGAGGGAGAUCCUGAAUCGGCUCCUAAGGCUCUCUUUGGCGAGGUGGGCCCCUGCGGAAUCGUGGUCUGUAACCCCGAUACAUACUGUCUCACUGGUCUACCUUGCUCUCCUGCACCCUGGCUGUCAGCACCCUCCAUCGGUUCUCCUUGCACAGGAGGGGUGGAACAGUAUGGCUGACGCCCAUAGGGUCUCCGCAAGUAGUAAGGUGGGAACCUUCGCCUGCGCUAGGGCCGGCGUUGUUGGGCUUGGCCUUCAGGAGCAAGCACUCUCCGAUUCCUCCUUCUUUUCCCACUCUUACUAUUCUGGUAAUUUUGCUGGUAAUUGCGUGGAGGACCCCUACGACGUGGAUAGCGUCUAUAAUGGUUACGGUCUGCUGCGUAUUUACUGCCUUGAACUGGAACUCCACCAGGACCUGUAACAUUUGCUGCCUCCGUACCCUUUUCUCCUUCAACAACAUCAGACUCCGCAGUCUCUCCAUCUCCUACACUGCGAAGGGUGAUGAUGGGACUUGUCACUGUUAUGUCAGCUGCUCCUAAGUGUGUAAGAACCCCCACCUGGUCAUGAAGAAACAAGAACACAGACUACAAGGAUUCGGUCAAACCCUGGGCAGGUAAUGGUAGAUCUGCUCCUUAGGUAUACCAGUUGUCAUUUUUAAAGAAAUGAUGACAUUCGUCCUGGCAUCACCCAACCCAGUCUCCACAGUGUUCCCACAUGUAUCACCACUUCCUGACCUGAAGAUUUUAUGAGUUUCUGCCAUUUACGAGGUAAGUUGUGGGCUCAGGGACAGACAAAUGCCCCGUGUUUGUAUUUCAGUAGACUGAUUAUUCUUAGAACAUUUUUUCCUACUUUGAAAAUGUAUAUACUAAGGCUGCUAGCCUUCAGUCUGACCUCCCCAAGGUUCUUUGGUUCUUAUAUGACCCUUAUCAUCCUUCCUCUUACUUUUCUUUUGAAGUUGUGGUAAUUAAGAGAAUGGAAAGGACAUGUAAAAAUCGAGCCGACUUUGGCCCCAAUAGAACCUUUCAUUUUGUUCUAGAGGCAGGCAGAGUUCUUUGCUAAAAUGUUUUUGGUUUUUUUUUUUUUGGAGCAAAUGAACUGGUGAAAUAUUUCCCUAUUCUCACCAGGUCAGUUCCAACUUCUGAAUGUCCAUCUGUCUUCUUGGGUGUGUCUGGGUUUUUAAGUGCCAGGGAAAUCAGCCAUGACCAUGACGCUUGCAUAUGUAUAAUGUAUAGUUUUUACCAUAGGCCUGAGCUUCCUCCUUGCCUAAGGUGGUAGCAAAAGAAUGAAUGGGACAUGACCCUGUCUCCUAGCUGGGUGAGGAGUUUCAGGACCAACUUGGAGCAGGCCUAGGAGCAGAAAUCACUGAAGCAGACUAUUUUCAAGGGUAUUUGCCAAGGAGCUGAUUAUUGGGGAAAUGAGUAUUAAGGAGCCUUGGGAAGGGCUAAAGAACCAAUCCAUCGGAUCUGAGGAACCUCCCCACAGCUGGGCGCCCGAGUACCAGCUUUGACAUUCUCUUCACUUUACUCAUUCUAAGUUUUGUUGUCUCCCACAUUUUCCACCUCCAAGGAGGCCCCCAACUUUUGCAAAUAUUCCAGUGUUGAAAAUACACAUCCAAAAGAGGAGGCUUCCUGACAGUGUUCUGUCAAGGAGCAAAGGGCCCUCCCCGGAAAGCUGCUGCCUCCUCUCUCCUCGCUUCCACACACCCUCCUCCAGCCUUCAGCGCCGAGCAUCUCCACUGCUACCCAGGAAAGCCCGUGCCUUUUCACCUGGAACACUGCCCGACACCUCCUCUGCCCACCCACCUCUCAGGAGCUGGGAACAUCACCAAAAGGUGAGUAACUAUGACAAAAGUUGAUGACAGUUUCCCCUAAAUGGUGCUUUGGAUUUGAAAGAGGUCUGGUGGGGAGAAAGAGAACGUAUCCUAGAGCUGUCUUUUGAUAAACCUAGGAAAAUGGGUAAGAACCCACAGUGGUGAGGGAACCACUGGAAGAGGCUUCUCGACUGUCAGGACAUGGAUGUGUGCUGCCAUGGAGGAGUGCCAGGCUUGUUGGUAACCAGGGUGAGGGCCAGUUGGACUUCUGUUCUGAAGGAGUUAGCUGGCAGUGUUGUCAGUGAGUCUCUUCUGGUCAGCAAGGGAACUCUGACGUGGGACUUACAUUUCUUUAUGCUUACUGCACUCCCUCUUUCCCCUAGAGUGGUCCCAUUAGUGAGUUUUUGUGCAUGAAUCUGAGUUGAGACACCUUCCUAUUUUGUAUAAUACAGCAGACUGAGCUCCAAAUUGGAAAAGACAAAUACAGCAAUGGUUGCUUCUAGCUCUGUCUGGCAGUCUGAGGACCAGGUCCUUCUCAACAGCCCUUCACUGUCCUUUAAAGUGCUUCUCCCAUCCCAAAAGAUGUAAGAGAGACCAGCUAGACUCCCUCUGGGCACACGUGGAUUCCUCAGGUUUGGAAUUCUGUUUUCCUUCAAGCUUUAGGGGAGAGUUACACAGAUCAAUCAGAGUGAUUACCUCACUACUGAAAAUCCAGAGGGGUAUGCAAGCUUGAAUAUGCCUGGAUCCUCUCCUGUAUCCUUCCCUUUCUCCCCAUCCCUCGCCUUACCUCUACUGUGGUACCAUUGCAGUCCGCACAUUCAGCCACCUUCUACGUCUGGGGUCCACCCAUGGCACCAGUGGGGGUGGGCAGUUACAAUGCCAGCUGCUCUGAAGCCAUCCCAGCCUCCUCCUCAGUAGACCAGACACCCUCCCUCCCCUCCAUUCAGCUCAGAGCCAGAACGUUUGCCUUCUCAGCUCUGCAGUUAGGUCUGCUAUCCCCUUUCUUCUUCUGUUUGGGAGAGGCAAAGGGAGGUGAGCUCCCUGCAACUGAAUCGGCCUUUGGUUCAUGUUUUCUCCCCAUGUGUAUAUAUGCCAUAUGUAAAUAUGCCAUAUAUGUGUCAACAAAUGGAUCUAUGCCAUCUUUUCUAAUCGGCAUGCAGAUAGGAAUUUUGAGUUUCUUCUCAGUAACUAGUAUGAUGAGCACUGGUAUUUUUGUACAAAAGGAAAAAACAGAAAAUGGACUGCUGUAGUCUGCAUGGCAGACAUGAUGAUAGCAAAGCAAUGCAUAUCUUAGCGUGUGUUGUCAUAGUUUGCAGUUCAUCUUAACAGUGCACCCAGUCUGUAUUUGCAUUGACAUUAUUUAAGCUCUAUGUAUAGUUCUUUGCCUAUAUUUAUAUGGUUCUUGGGGGGUGCUAUAAACUGACAAAUCUGUAAUUCAAAUGCAUUGUCUCACUGACAUGGGAAGACGAGUUUUAAAAGGGGUAAUUUUUUUUUUUUGGUACCAAUAAAGCUUUUUGCUGAUGAGCAGAAACCAAUGCCAUGCACUGAGAAUAAAAACCCGUGCCCACUUGUAA